AUGACUAUCACGACUGAAUUCCCAAUCUCUUUGCGCGAUCCUACUCUCUUAGAUUCUCGGGGGUUGAUAAACGGCGAGUGGCGCCACGCCAGCAACCAGAAAACAUUUCCUGUCUAUGAACCAGCUACAGGCAGUGUGCUUCACCCAUGUGCCGACUUCGGACGUGAAGAGUUCGUCCAAGCAAUUGAUGCGGCACACAUUGGCUACAAGAGCUUUUAUAGCGGUACAACAGCCAAUGAAAGAGCACAACUUCUUCGAAGAUGGCAUGAUCUUAUAAUUGAGAACGUGGAAGACUUGGCGAUAAUUCUAUCUUUGGAAAAUGGGAAGACGUUUGCCGAAGCCAAAGGAGAAGUAACCUAUGCGGCAACCUUCGUCGCCUGGUUUGCUGAAGAGGCAGUUCGCAACUACGGCGACGUGAUUCCUUCCUCAUAUGCGAAUUCAACCGUUCUCACUUACAAAGAACCUGUUGGAGUGUGUGGAAUCAUUACUCCGUGGAAUUUCCCUGCCGCCAUGAUUACUCGCAAGAUCGCUCCGGCAUUUGCGGCUGGGUGUUCUGUGGUCAUUAAGCCUCCAAGUGAAACACCUUUCAGUGCGAUUGCGCUCGCGAAGCUAGCACUAAAGGCCGGUAUUCCCUCUUCACUCAUCCAUGUUAUCCCCACCAAGGACCGCAAGGCUUCGCUUGAGCUAGCAACCAAUCCGCUUGUGCGCAAGAUCAGCUUCACCGGUUCAACAGCUGUUGGUAAGAUGCUGACAAAACUAGCAUCUGACACGAUGAAGAAAGUCAGUAUGGAGCUUGGAGGAAACGCUCCCUUUGUUGUCUUUGAGGAUGCAGACCUGGACCAGGCAGUUGAUGCGGCGCUGAUCUGCAAAUUCCGUGCAUCAGGUCAAACUUGUGUGUCAUCGUCUAAGUGUGCGAACCGGCUCUAUGUGCAUAAACAAGUCCUUGAGGCUUUUGCCGAGAAACUUACCGCCAAGGUGCAGGCUCUCAAGCUAGGCCGCGGUAUCGACAAUGGAACGACUCAAGGUCCGCUUGUCAACGCUGCAGCUGUGGAAAAGGUGAAGGCCCACGUUGCGGAUGCAUUAGCCAAAGGCGGCCAAUUGUGGACAGGCGGGCAGGCACCUAGCCAUCUCUCUGGCUUCUUCUUCGAGCCAACAAUCAUCACUGGCGCAACACCUAACAUGGCUGUCGCAACUGAUGAGACCUUCGGGCCCCUAGCGGCUAUUUUCCCAUUCGAGAGCGAAGACGAUGUGAUAACACAGGCCAACGCUAGUGAAUAUGGACUGGCUGGAUACUUCUUCAGCCAGAACGUCAGCCGGAUUUUCCGCGUCGCGCGUCAGCUUGAAUGCGGUAUGAUCGGUGUCAAUACUGGUCUGAUCAGCGCAGCAGAAAGUCCUUUUGGUGGUAUCAAGGAAAGCGGCGUAGGGCGAGAGGGCAGUCGUUACGGCCUCAGCGAAUACCAAAACAUCAAGUCGGUUACUAUUGCCCUUUGUCUCUGCCUUCCCAAACCCAUCCUCUUACACAACCUUGUUAAGACAUUUGAUACCUACCUGAUAGUUAUGGCCUCACCAAAGAAGAUCGUCGUGAUUGGUGGUACUGGCAUGUUCGGCGGCUCAGUCGCUCGUUCACUGAAAGACAACCCCGAGUUCGAAGUCGUGUUGACAACGCGCGAUCCUAACUCGCCCAAAGCCUGCAAGCGUCGCGAGGAGGGAUUCUUGUUGGUAAAGGCCGACUCAUGGAAUGCCUCCGAGCUCGAUUUAGUGAUGGCAGGCGCCUAUGGUGUAUUCCUCAACACCGACUCAGACGACCUGAACUUCAAAAACGAGAUCGGGCUACCAGAAUCCGCCAUGGGCAAAAUCGUGAUCGACGCUGCCAUCCGUCAAAGCGUCAAAUACUUUGUUUUCGCAGGACUUCCACAGUCCAACCGCAUCACGAAUGGAGAAGUUUCUAUCCUGUCCUUUGACAACAAGAGCGCCAUUGCCAAUUACGGACGUAAAGCUGGAUUCGAGGCCUUUGUUGAGGUCAAUUGUGGCUGGGCUAUGGAUAUUUUCUUCAUGGAGACAUACGCGAAUGCAUUCGGCGGCUUUGCGUCCAUUCCAGACUCAGAAGGCUUUCUCAGUUUGAAGAUCUUUCCCAUGAGCAAUGACUCGGGGCUGAUUCCAUGGACCUCCGUGAAAGACGAUUACGGCGAUGCUGUACAUGCUGUCUUCUUGGAACCAUCAAAGUACGCGAAUCGCAUUAUCUGGGCCAUAUCUGAGGCAGCCACCUUCCAAGAUGUGGCUAAUGCUUACAACCGAUUGACUGGUACACAAGUGGCGAGAUAUGUACCGCAAACUGAGCCCCUCAAGGCUAGCACCCCAGGCAAGACCAAGGAAGUCAACGGACUGCGUAACUAUUGCCACUACACAAAGGGGAAAUACUGCAACAAUCAGGUCACUAAUGAUCAUUUGCUUGAGGAGAUGAGAGAGCUCAAAACGCUUGCAACAAAGGCGCGAGGAAAAGGACAUGCGUCCACUCGGUCUGUCGAAGGCUUUCUACGUGACAACCUCACUGUCAAAUUGCAACCAUCCUUGUCGAAAAUUUGA